AUUACUACGAAAUAGCAUUGAAUUAUGGACAAUCAUACAAUUACGGUUCAUUUAAAUUAUGGGCUGGAAAUAAAUUAGUCGUUGUCAUUUCUAAGCCAGAAGAUCUUCAAGUAAUUAUUUGUUAUGAAUAAAUAAUUUUAAAAUUUUCGAUAUAAAUGUCAACAUUUAUCUUGAACAUUGAAUAUAUUAAAAACAAUUACCACGGAUAAUUAACGUCCGUUUAAUGUUCAUUCGACUGUAUUACACAUGUACAAUACUACUUUGGAUUUAAAAUAUAAACAAAACAAUUUAACAUUCAAAAUGUAAUGUCAUAUAUGAUAAAACAUUCAAUUGAAUACUAACUAAAUUAACUUCAGAAUAGUAAUAUCUCAAACCUAACAUAUCAAAUGUCUAUAAAAGGCUUAAUAAUCAUAGUAUUCUAUGAAAAUUAUAGGUCUUUUAUCAGUUAGUAUCCAAUUAAGUAAAAUAUAAAUAGGUAAUGCGGACAUUUUUCCUAUUUCGAUAUGAGUAUGUCACUUUUCUGUUAACCUACCUCUCCAAUCCAUAAACAAGUUGGGACAGAAAUAUAAACCACCGAGUAUGUAAAAUGAGAAUGAUUUUCCUUUCUACGUGUCACUAAAACACAAUCAUACUAUUACUGGCUAAUGAUUAGAUAUAAUGAUAGUAUGUAAACCAAAAAUAUAGGGUAAUAAAAUUAUACUUUUCCAAAAAAAAAACAAUGCUAUGUAGAAAAAAAAAUACCGCACAUAUACAAAAGUUACACCCAGUUAAAUCUUUCUAAAAAUACAUUAUAAAACACGGGCUUUAAUAUAAACUAUACAUACUAAAUUCAAUUUCUAAAUCAAUUUUUUCAGAUUAUUUUUAAUAGUUCGAAGGCCUUAGACAAAGGAUUUUUGUAUAAUAUGGCUACUAAAUUUUUGGGUGAGGGCUUGAUAACAGCUCCAGGUACGUUUAUAUUGUUUUUUAGUUUAGCACAAUUAAUCUUAACGUUCAACUAUGGUUUACCAAUUUAUUAAUGCAGCUAUGAAUUCAAAUAAGUUUUGUUUAACCGAACCUAUCCUGGGUAAACAGAUCUACUAAUAUUUGUUUUUUUUAAUAUUUUUCAAGUUAAAAUUUAGGAUAGAUACUAUACUAAUUAGUUCCACCAUUUAAAUCUUCGCAUUGCUCAAAUGUCUUAUUAAAAUUAUUACAGUAGAUAAAUGGAAAAUACAUCGACGUUUGAUAAAUCCAUUGUUUAAUUUAAUUUUACGAAAAUAUAAAAGAAAUGUUUUUCCCGGUUUUUCAAGAGAAAUCAAAACUACUAAUUCAGAAUCUACAAAAGGAAAAGGGUAAAACACAACCGUUUGAUAUCUUGGACUAUGCAUUAGAUAUUACUCUUAAUGCAGUUUGUCGUAAGUAUUAAAAUCUCUACUACUAUGGAUAUGUGUGAAUGUGGAAUACAUUGUACUAUACUAUUAUACUUGCAGUGAUUACUAUUAGUAAUAUUAUUGAUGUUUUAUUGACUUUUUAGAAACAACAAUGGAUUACAAUCUCGACUCUCAGGCAGAUAUGGGUUUCAAAAAGUGUGUCAGAAUGUAAAACAUUUACAUAUUAACGAACUAAAUUACAAUUCAUAUGUUAAAUCAUCUAGUUAUAGACAAAAAUAUUAUUUUUUUGCAGAGGCUCUGAAUUGAUAUUUAAUAGAGCAACUAAAGUUUGGUUGUAUCCUGAAAUUAUAUAUAAUCUUUAUAUCAAAUUGUUUGACUAUGAAAAAUAUUAUACAAAUGUUCAAAACUUACCAAAGCAUGUAUGUGUAUGUGGGAUAUAAAAAUAAAUGAAAUGCUUUUUAAUUUUAAUUUUAAUUUUUCAGGUAAUCGAGAAAAAGAAAAACGAAUUAGCACAAAAAUUUAAAAAUAAAAUCAAGACAGGCACAGAUGUAAACGAUGGCGAAAGUGAGUGAUUGUUUUAACGAUAUACUACCGUAUAGUUUUUUAUUAACCAAACUGUAGGUGGUUAUCGUGUCAUCUGAGUUAAGUCAACAAAAUUGAUACAUUUAAAUUCUGUAAUUGUAUAAGUUAUUAUAACUACCANUAUUACGUGGGCUUGAGCGAUGAGGAAAUUAAGAGUCAUGCGAUAACUAUGAUAGCGGCUGUAAGUUUAAAAUACUCGAAAUAAUUUGCAACUACAAGUAAUGCAUAAUUUUUAUAUUUAUAGGGUUUCGAAACUACUUCAUUGACAGUUAGUUAUUGUCUUUUGUUAUUAGCUAUCUAUCCGGAUAUUCAAGUAAGUUAUUAAGUAGUUUUUGCUGUUUAAAUAUUUGAUAUUAAUAUCCGUUUCAAAAAUAUUAAUUUAAGGACAGAGUUUACGACGAAAUUUAUAGCAUAUUAGGUGACAGUGAUGAACCAAUUACUUUUGAACAAACGACUAGUCUAGUUUAUUUGAAACAAGUAAUACACGAAACUCUCCGUUUAUUCCCGACUGCACCAGUUAUGUUGAGGCAACUGCAAGAUGAUGUCAAAAUUAGUAAGAAAAAAAUGUAUAAUAAAAAUUAUAAAACAAAAUAAAAUAACAAUUGAUUUUAGUUACAGGUAAUCACACACUGCUGAAAGGAACAUUAUGCGGUAUAUCUCCUUUGAUUACACAUCGGAAUCCUGAGCUGUAUCCGAAUCCCAAGUCAUUUAAUCCGGAUAACUUCAAUGCCGACAAUGUCGCUAGUCGUCAUAAAUAUAGUUUCAUUGCUUUUAGUGGUGGUCCAAGAAGCUGCAUAGGUAUGACAAAAUAUUGGACUUAUAAUUUUUAAAUUUAUUAAACGUUUGUUUUCAAUUUCAGGAAUGAAAUACAGUUUGGUUUUUAUGACAGUUUUACUCAGUGACGUUUUACGGAACUUCAGUGUGCACACGGAUAUGAAACUCAGUGAUAUUAAGCUCAAUGUCGGAGUAGUAUUACACAAUACUGUUGGUUUUCCCAUAACCAUACAAUCAAGAAAACAAUAG